UCCGCCCAAUCUGUAGUCCUCAGUUCAGUUCAUAGAUAACACCGAGAAUUCGCAAAGCUGCUGGAUUCGGACCGGAGAAUCCUCCGAGCUUUGCUCCAAUGGCAUACGCAUCUCCUUCAUCUGCUCUUCUUACUUCCUCAAACUCUAGGGCUACCAAUUCACUCACAUUCUUCACUCCCAAACCCAUCAUCUCAUCCUCACAGGCCAUUUCCCUUCCCACCUCCUUCAAUGGCCUUCGUGGACCAUUGAAAUCUCACCCCCCUCGCUCCAUCUCUUCUCCAACCUCUCAAUCCAGACGCAGCUUCGUCGUCAGGGCUUCUUCUGAACUUCCUCUUGUUGGAAACUCAGCACCAGACUUUGUGGCAGAGGCUGUUUUCGACCAGGAGUUCAUCAAUGUUAAACUAUCAGAGUACAUUGGAAAGAAAUAUGUUAUUCUCUUUUUCUACCCAUUGGACUUCACAUUUGUUUGCCCCACAGAGAUUAUUGCUUUCAGUGACCGAUACGCAGAAUUUGAGAAGUUGAACACCGAAGUAAUUGGUGUUUCCAUUGACAGUGUGUUCUCUCAUCUUGCGUGGGUGCAAACCGACAGAAAAUCUGGUGGGCUUGGUGAUCUAAACUACCCACUUGUUUCUGACGUUACCAAAUCCAUUGCAAAAUCUUAUGGCGUUUUGAUUCCAGACCAGGGGAUAGCAUUGAGAGGACUUUUCAUUAUCGAUAAAGAGGGAGUAAUCCAACAUUCAACUAUUAACAAUCUUGCUAUUGGAAGGAGCGUGGAUGAGACAUUGAGAACUCUUCAGGCUUUGCAAUACGUGCAGGAGAAUCCAGAUGAGGUUUGCCCUGCAGGAUGGAAGCCCGGGGACAAGUCAAUGAAGCCAGACCCAAAGCUCAGUAAGGAUUAUUUUGCGGCAAUUUGAAAAAUUAAGGUAAAGAAAUAGAGAGAGCUCAAGCAUUUCUAGAACAUUCCCAUAAGGUCAUUCUUGAGCUGUCUUUUUUUCUUUUUCAAUUUCAAUUGUUUUAGUGAUUUCUUAAAUACUUUUGAGGUUUGAGUGUUGGAGAUUAAACAAUAAAAGAGGCUUUGUCAAA